GGUGUCUCUGUGCGUAAAUGCGCAGCAGAGCAUGAAAGCACUGGAGGGACAAAGACAUGCAGCAGGAACAGAACUCUGAGAAACAGACAAUUAAACUAACAUGAAAAACCUCAAAUGAAGAUGGAUUUUUCCCCAUACAGAGGAUGCAAACAGAAAAAUAGUUGAAAUGCACUCUCGGAGGAAUCUGAUGGCUUGGGAAGUGGCCAGAUAGCACAGAUAACUGUUGAUGGCAUGGAUAACUGUUGAACAUUGUUUCUGGCUGGAAAAGUUUAUUUUGGAAUAAGAUUUGCUUGUUGAAGAGUAUGAGUUUUAGUCAGCAUGAGGAUGAGAUCUGGGAUUAAAGGGGACUAAUUUGAGCAUGCAGUUAUUCUGAGUUUUCAAAGCACAAUCCCAGAGAUGGAGAGCUGCUUCAGUCGGGUCACAUUUCUCCUCACGUUUCUGAUGUCGCUUGAUGCACAGUUGGUUUGUUGGCAGGCACUUAUCAGGUGUCACGAGGAGCAGGACUGUGAACUCGCCUAUAAUCAAUAUCUGACCGCGUGUGAUGGGAAUAUUCGGGGGAUUCGACGGCAGUGCCCGAGCCACUGCAUCAGCGCACUCAUCCACCUCAACCUGACCGCCAGUGGGCCAGGACUGGAGACCUGCGAAUGUGGUACAGACACAGAGUGUCUGCGGGCCAAACGCGCCAUUGAACCGUGUCUGCCAAGGACGCAUCCUGGUGGCGCAGAUGGGAUUGGCUGUACCGAAGCCCGCCAGCGUUGCGAGGACGAGCCCAGCUGUCAAAAGUCCCUGACAACCUACCUGUCUCACUGCGGACAACUGUUCAACGGGAGGAAAUGUUCGUCCCAAUGUAAAUCAACCAUAGAGGAACUAUUAUUCAUGCCAAAUGGCGUGCUGCUGAAUCAGUGUGUUUGUGAUGGUUUGGAAAGGCCAUUUUGUGAGGUGGUCAAACAUAAUAUGGUCAAACUUUGUUCUAUAGGGGACCACAGUGUUUCCAUUGACGACGGAAUGGAUGAUAUAUAUGAGGAUGAAGAUUAUGAGGUGAGACCAGAGAGAGAGAUGACAGAUGCAGAUGCUGUGAUGUCAAGUGCCUUCACUCUUUCUCACUGGGUGGUUUUGCUGUGUAGUGCUUUUGUUCUGGCUGCUACCUGUGUUUGAGUUUUUCUACAGUCACUGUACCCUAUUGUAUGAUCAAAUACAAUACAGCUACGACUGACCAUCAACAAAGCAAGCACCAGGGUCACAGGAUGGGCGGACACUUGCUGAUGAUUAUCAUCUCAGAGUCACUGAGUGCAACUUUGUAGUCCUUUUAAAGCCAGGUUCCCAAUGAUGUUUGUCCAGACCAAAGAAUUUUCAUCGACAGAUGAUUGUGGAAUAAACUCACUGCAGACUUUUGUUAUGAUUUCAGUGUGACAUGACUCUUGUUUCCCUUCAGUGGCACUUGGAGUGUGAAUCUUUUAGUAAGACAAAAGACAAACAGUGGACUUGCAUCAAGAGGGUUUGCCAGCAGACUCUGUUUUGUACUUGCACCUCAUUCCAAAUAUUAGUAGUUUGCGGCUGGAUAAAGGAGACAGUUCUGGGAUCAAGUACUUUCUUUUAAGUUAAGAGGUCCUUUUAGAAGCUGUUAAAUGGUCUCAACCCCAAUCGCUCACUCUUCAGUUCUGCCUGGUUUUAUUGGAGUCUUUCCUGGAGUAACUUCUUCCUCUGAUUCAAUGACAGAACCUCAUGUCAUUAUGCUAAAGAAGUCUGCGAUGGUCUUCAAUAGUGGUCUGAAGACAUGAUGCUAACUUUUAACAGCACAGGGUUGAUCAAAUAUCUUUAAACUUGAAAUAUAUGUUGUAUGUGAAUGCUGGUUAACACCAAGUGCCUGAAUGACUAUUUUUUUUACCAACUCAAGCAGCUCUGAUGAAGGUCAAUAUCAGGCUUGAAAACUCUUGUCUUCAUAAAAGAAGCUAGUAUUUGUUUUCAAAUGUUUUAGAUCUCAAAGUCCAGUUGUUCCUUAUCAUGAAUAAUUACUAAUGUUAUGUGGACUAAAGUGUAGAAUUUAAAGUUAAAUUCAAACUCUAUGGCCCAAAACAUACUCUAUGCAACUAUACAAGCUCGAUUUCAGGUUGAUGUGUUCCGAAAUGUGUAAGAAUGCAAUUUAUAACACAAUGCAAGGAUAUGUCGCAUUCUAAGCAAUGUUGCAAGGGGUGCAUAAAAGGUCUCCUUCAACUCUUAGUUUUCUCUUUCCGGUCAACUACUGUCAUAGGGGAGUUUACAUAAAAGAUCGGUUAUAAUUUUGUUGUACAAUUUAGUUAAGCUAGCUAUCUGAUUAAUAACAUCUGGUUUAAUGGCACAGACAUUUGAAGGUAACCAUAUUGCCCCCUGCAGUACUUAGGUUUGUUUCAGCCACAGUAAUACAAGAAUGCACAUUCAGUAUGUCCAACAAAACUGCAUGUUUGCAGUGUGUUGGCCAAGCAUUCAUGUCUGCAUGUGCAUUCUUGCAAAGAGUAUGUUUCUGGACUGAUUUUUUUUAUUAUAAUUUUUUCUCAAAGGCUCCACAAUCUUUUUGAGUUGCUGCAAUUUUCAAAAACUUUGUACAGAAAAAACAAAACAAAAAAACAACAAAAAAACCUAUUUAUACAUUUUGGAAUUAUUACGAAAAAUAAAACAUGAGAAUGUGAAAUGGACGUGCCUUAAAAUGGAGUCAAUUUAUCAUCUGAUAGCUGAAAAUCAAGAAGUUGUGGCAAGGUGACAAGCACUUCAUGUUAACCUGAGUUUUUGUUCUGACUGGCAUUUUGUUCGGUUGCUUUUUCUAUUUGUAGCUCUGCCCACACUGAAAUCUUAUUGGUCCAAAAUCCCACUCCAC